AAUAUAAAGAAAUAUAGCAAGGGACUUGAAUACAGGACCAGCAAAAAAAAUCAAUCAUCCACUAGACAAUUACUGAAACCAUUUUACAGAAAAGAAAAAAAGAAAAACGAAUAGCGUAAUAAUAUAAUAUUAUAACAUAAUAAUGAGCAACGGACACGGCAACUUCGAGCCGGGUGGAAUGGCCAUGAUGAGUCCACCUGACCAGAAUGCAUUGCGCAACGAGCAAUACCAGGAACAUCAACGCAAGCUUCAAGAGAAAUAUGAACUCCAGUACAAACAACAAAUGGAGCUUGCACAAACAAGUACUCAUCCACAUGAUCCAGCUCCAAAUGAGGGCAACCAACCUUACUAUACCUCUCAAGGACAGCUCGUCAUUCCAACCCCUAGUUCAUGUUAUCAGGCAAGACCACAAUAUGGCCUUGCUGACUUUGAGCUUCUUGAAACGCUUGACUAGAUUCUAUCGCCAUCUGUUGUUUGUUACAAUUCCAGGAGCGGAGACACAGAAUUGAUGGAUGAGAGACAAAUCCCGUCAUUAUCAACAAUAUCCAAAACCUUAAAAACAGCGUUUGGCAGACAUAUAAACACUGA